GAUCAGGCUGUGCAGACGCCCAGCGCCACUGCCCGGCUGGCUGCUAGACCAGGUAGGACGUGGUCAGCCCCGCGCUUCUGUCCAAGCACCCAGUGACAGCCCCCAGGCCAGAGAGGAGGGCUCCAGUCAGUGGGCAGGAAGCCUCUGUGCUCUGGUCUCUGGGCGGCUUCGGCUCAGGCAGAGGCUGGCUCUCACCAGCUCAGAUCCACUGGACAGAGCAGGGCCUUGGACAGCUGGGCAAGACUCAGUCAGGGGUGCAGAUCCUUAGGAUAGCCCAACGGGGCCCUUGGGGUCAGGGGCUCAGCUCUGCUCUGUAACAUCCAGCCCAGGUUCUUCCUGCUGACACCUGAGCCAGCUUUGACCUUGGUGAGCUCAGAGGAAGCCUGUCCUAGCCAAGACUGGUGAAGGUCAUCGCCAAGGCUGGUCACCUCCUGGACACGGCAGCCUCUCGUCUGUGGCCAGCUGCCAGUUAGAGCAUACUGGGACAGGCCAGGGCUAACCAUCUCGAGGGACCCUGAUCCCUGGUGGGUUGUCCUGGUGCAGCCUGCUCUGAGGGAACAGAGGCAGUCAGGCAAGCUGCUGAACAGGGCUCAGGGCUUGAAGGAGCUGCUGCUGGGGCGGAAACUCAAAUGUAAUGAACACCAGCUCAUCCACUAAUAGCAAGUCACGUUUGAUUUCAGGACAGUGGCUGUGCGUCCUUAUAACAUUACCAUUUAGGGAUGGUUAGGAGUGCUGGCGAUAUAGCCCAUCACGUAGAGUGCCUGCCUCGCAUGCUCGAGACCCGGGUUCGAGUCCCCAGCACUGUUAGAUUGCGGAAAUAGAGAUGAUUAGGAGGCAGGGCGAGUGGGAGCUGGGAAAUGUUUUAAUUCAGAAGAAAAGAUUCUGCUUUCUUUCAGGGUGGAGAUGGUGUACCAGGAAGGUGGGGGGAGCCCCUGGGGCGGGCGGGGUGGUGGCCACUUGAGCAGGUUGAUGGCCAGAGCCUGGAUUUGUGAAGACUCCACCCGGUCCCAAGUUCUGCUGCCUCUCCAGCACCUCUGUUGACCCACAAUGGACAACUUCCAGUACAGCGUCCAGCUCAGUGACCAGGACUGGGCCGAGUUCUCUGCCACUGCCGAUGAGUGUGGUCUCCUGCAAGCUGGCCUGGCCUCUGGUGACGAGCUCUUGUCUAGUGACAUUGACCAAGGGGACAGCAGUGGCAGCAGCCCCCCUGGGCCCCCACUCCUUCUCACUGGGCAGCUUGCUCCCAGGGGGCGGGGCUGCCAGGGCUGUGAAGAGGAGGACGAGGAGGCCACCCGGCAGCUGGUCAGCAGGUCUCAGCGUGAGCCCGUCCUGGCUCUGGGACCUGGUCAGCAGGCGGCCGGCACGUCCGCACAGCCAGAAGCUCUUCUGCCCCUUGGCUCAGGUGCUGCCCCUCCCAGCCAGUGCUCAUUCCUCCCAGGGUCAGCAGCUUCCAGAGAGGAGAUGCAGAGGCUCCUGCAGGGCCCGGCCCCCAGCCCCCCUGGUGAGCCCCCUCGGAGUCCUGAGUCUUCUGGCCGCAGCCCCACCUCCCAGAACCCCCCUGGCAGCCCUGCAGCCCCAGCUCGGAGCCCUGGGCGCAAGAAGAGACGCACUGUGGGUGCCAAGGGGGGAGGUCGCUCUGGAGCCCCAAGUCCUGCUGUUGCCCAGCUGGGCUCCCCACUGCCCACUGAGUCCAGGCCUGUGGAGGCCACUGGCCUGGCUGGGUCCCGGGACAGGGGGCUUGUGGCUGGGGCAGCAAAGCUGACGGCAGAAACCCAGCAGGACCAACAGGAGGCAGACUCCACAGGUGCUCCCGAGCUGGGCUUGAGUCUCCCUGAGCAUGCUACCAGUCGAGGGCUAGGAUUGGAUCUGUCUACACCAGUGCCUGUAAUCAAGCAAGGUACAGACCGGAUCAGAACAACUCCCAGAGCUGAGCUACACAUGGUAUCCAUAUCUGUCCAGGAGACUCAUCCAGAUGUCUCCAUGGCUAAGUCAGAUGUGACUGCGUCUACACCUGCCUCCAAGCCUCAGACUGGCAUGGGUCUGUCUACACCUGCCUGCCAGACUCAACCCAACAUGGGUCUGUGUACAUCUGACUCUGAGCCACAAGCUGAUGUGGCUCUGUCUACACCUGACUCCAAACUUCAGUCUGAUGUGGCUUCAUCUAUACCUGCCUCUGAGCCUCCACCCUAUGUGGGUCUGUCUAUGCCUGCCUCUGAGCCUCAACCCAAUGUGGCUUUGUCUACGCCUGCCUCCAAGCCUCAAUCUGAUGUGGUUUUGUCUACACCUGCCUGCAAGCCUCAACCCAACAUGGCUUCAUCUAUAUCUGCCUCUGAACCUCUACCCAACAUGGCUUUGUCUACACCAGCUUCCAAACUCCAACCUGACGAGGCUGUGUCUACAUCUGCCUCCAAGCCUCAACCUGACAUGGCCUUGUCUGGACCUGCCUCUGAGCCUCAACCUGACAUGGCCUUGUCUGCACCUGCCUCUGAGCCUCAAUAUGCCCAGACUGGGUCUACACCUGCCUCCACACCAAGCCUGCCUGUGGACCUGCGUGCAGCAGAGGUGGAUCCUUCUGCUCCUCUCUCUAUGGCUCUGCCAUGCAUGGCUCUGCCUCACUCUGCUUCCAAGGCUGAGUCUGAGGCAGGUGUGUCCACACCUGACCCCAGAGCCUGUGCUGCUGAGCCCUCCUGGGCCCCUGUCCCCCAAGCCGGUUCUGACAUGUUGGGGACAGAGGUGAUUGUGCCUCCCAGGGGACCCCAAGAGAAGCCCAGAGGACAGCCUUCUGCAGGGGCCCCUGGACCCCCUGAGGGUGAGCCCCCGCCAGGCGCCAUGCAGGCUCCCAAGAGGAAGAAGGUACGAUUCUCCAUGGCAAUGCCCAGCCUGGAGGAGCUGGGGUCAGCAGGGGCCGGGGGCCCGCCCUCGCCAGUCACAGCCCGGCCCUCAGCCCUCAGAGUGGCAACAGGGGGCCGUGGGGGGUCUGCAGCCUGGGACGCUGUGGCAGUUGGGCCCCGGCCCCCCCAGCCCCGGAUCCUCAAGCACCUGCCGCCCCCUGCCCCUUCUGCUUCAGUGGGGCCCGGGCUGGGCAGCAGCUUUGCAGUGACCCUCCCAGAGGCCUAUGAGUUUUUCUUCUGUGACACCAUUGAGGAGGAGGAUGAAGGUGCUGCAGAGGAAGAGGCCAUCCAGGCCCUGGGUGAAGUCCAGUGGCCCGACACGUGCGAGUUCUUCUUCCGGGAUUGCCCAGCCCAGAGGCCCAGGCGCCAGGGGAGCUCCCCAGCCACGGUCCCACCCCUGGGGGCUGAGGCUGCACCAGUGGCACCUGCUGUCGACCUGGUGCCCAUCUCCAUCCCAGAGGCCUAUGAACACUUCCUCGGGGAGGAGGGGCUUGGCGGUGUGCAGCCAUCAGCUGCCCUUCUCCAGCUACGGACCUCAGAGCAGGAAGUCGGGCCUGGGGCCUCGCCUGAGCCCAGUCCAGCCACUGCACAACAGCUCAGCCUGGCAGUCAGGCAGGCAGGGGAGCUCUGCCGUCCCCUGGCCGUCCCCUUCAGUCAGAAUGACAUGUGCCUGGUGUUUGUGGCCUUUGCUACCUGGGCUGUGAGAACCUCAGAUCUACACACCCCUGACGCUUGGAAAACAGUCUUGCUGGCCAACAUCGGCACCAUCUCCGCCAUCCGCUACUUCCGCAGGCGGGUGAGGCGAGGACGCAGUCCCAGCCGCAGCUGCAGUCGCAGCCCAAGUCCCACCUCCUAGCAACCAGACCUGGGCCACAGGGACGCAGGUCAGAAGACAAGCAUGUGCCAGGAGGUGCUGCCCUCCUCCUUGCCCUUGACCCCGUCUUCGAGGGCGUCCAGGAGGGAGCCAGUGUCCGUGGGGCUGGCUCCCUUGGACUUCACCUAAGGCACAGCCAGGGGCUGAGGCUGCUCCCCUCUCCUUAGAGGGAGGAGAUUUGGAAUUCUGGGUGGGUAAGGACUGAGCAGGGAACUGGUUAAUAGGAUACUGGAUCAGCAAAUGAAAAGCACAAGGCACCCAGUUAGAUUUGAAUUUCAGACAUGCAAUAUUUGGGACAUACUUAGACUAAGAAAUUAUUAUUGUUGAUCUGAAAUCUAACUUAACUGGGCACUGUGUUUCAUCUGGUCACACGAGGGAGGGGUGAGUGGCAGGAGAAGAUACUGGAAGAAUUAGGAGUGGCAGAGAGGGGCAAGGCUCUGCUGGGUUGUAGGGUCCAGAUGGGGAUGCUGGGUGCUGUAGAAGCUGGGGGCAUGUUCUGGGGCAUCUGUCCUGCUCACAAGAGCCUCUCUGAGCCCUGAGCGACUGUGGUCAAGUCUGCCUGGGUAGACCUGGGCGGAUCCCUAAAUGCCUUCAGUGGCUGUGGCAGCCCCCAUGUUGGGGGGUCUAUGGGGCAGGACCUGGGCUCCAUCUGAGGAACCCUGGAUGAGGGUGCAGGCAGAACUCAGUCCUCACACAUGAGGACGUGGCUCCUGAGAGUUUUGCUGCUCCUGUGGGUCAGCUGGUGUGAGGGCUGAGGUCAAGAGCAGUCAGAGAUGGGGUGGGAAGGUGAGCGAGGGGCCAGAGGUGGGUGGGGGGUCUUCCC